AUGUCCCUGCCACCUAACGUCAUCCGCGUUAAACGCAAGCGGGUGGAGGAAUCCCCCGUCACCUUUCUUCAAAUCGACGAGGGUGUCAAGCGACAUCGCAGUGACAGCAGCCACUGGGUUUACCAGCGACGAGGCUCGACAGCGCAGCCGCCGCCUAAAUCAUCACCGCUCCGCGCCGACUCGAAGCCCCAGAUCCAACUCUCUACGAUCCAAGACGAUGAGCCCAAGCGCGGCAAGGGAGCCCCCUUGCCAAUACAGGACACGGAUAAGCUGACGCCCGCGACGGCGACGAGAGCAGCAGAACCACGCCGGUUCCGGGUUUCCAAGGCGAUGCUGGCCGCGGCCGCAGCUGCUAAUGGCGGAGCGGCAGGGUCGGUGUCCAAGAGAGACAGGUACGGCGCGCCGACGCUGUUUGUGGAGCGCGCGAGGCGCAAGAAGCUGGCGCCAAAGCCGCGGCGCAGCAUGCUCGCCCUCAACGCCGAGGCUGCGGCCGCGGCGGCCGCGGCGGCCGCAAAGGAUGUCGAGGCCAAGGACCUCAAGCGGCCGGGCGUAGCGAAGCGACCCCGCGACGUGAGCAAGACGACAUCCGCUGCUGCAUCGACGGAAGCGGAGGCGCCGCAGCAGCCCAAGGCGACGCCAACAGACGCCACCUCGAACCCCCUCCCGACGUCCCUAAGGAACCGCGCCGAGGAGGACAUGAGCAAGAUCACCGCGGACAUGAACGAGUGGGUGAUGCGGGAGAUGGGCGCGACCCUGCGGAGCAUAGAGGCGGAGCGGCAAAAAGAGGCGCGCCCCCCGGCGCCGUUGUCGCCGUCGCGGUUCAAGCCCAAGGCGCCGGCGAAGCGCUACCACGAGCGGCAUCCCGACGCGGCGGCGGCGGCGGCGACGACAGACGUGGAAGGCGACACAAACAUGACGGACGCGAGCGAGGACGAGGACGGCGACGAGGACGACUGGGUGAUUGAGGAGUAUGUCCGCAUCCCGGCCAACUCGGUGGCGCUGGACGUGGCGCCGUCGUCGGACGUGGGCUUCCUGGUGCUGGACGGCGAGGAGGAGAGCCUGCUCUUCUUCGGGCCGCAAAACGAUGAGGGCGAGGACUGGGACGAGGAUGAGGAGGACGAGAACGCCGAAAACCACUACACGGCGGAUUAUCCCGAGGACGAGGUCGACUCGGAGGACGAGCUCAACCGCAACGCGUACUACUUUCGCAACGCAAACGCGUCGGACGACGAGGAGUACGACCAGGACGCGUUUGAUGAUGAGGAUGAGGAUGUGUAUGGAGCGAACGGCGGCGAUGACGACGACGCGAGGAUGACGAGGAUCCUGGAGCAGAUGAAGAGGCUCAGGGCAUCGCAGGAGUGA